AUGAGUCGAUUUCAAUUGCUAUUCCAUUCGCUUACGUACCCUGCUAUCAGCAUGACGACAACCGCCGCUAGCAAGCCCCCUUAUGGUGUGUACACGCCCCUCGUCACCUUUUUCCACGAAGAUGAGUCCAUCGACUUUCCUGCCGUUGAGUCGCACGUCCGGCGCAUGGCCGAGGCUGGCGUAGCCGGCCUCGUGCUGCAGGGCAGCAACGGCGAGGCACCGCAUCUUGACCACGAGGAGCGGCAAGAGGUGAUUACCAGGACCCGCUUGACGCUGGACAGCCUGGGCUACGAAGACACCAAGCUCAUCGUGGGCUGCGGCGCUCCGAGCGUCCGCGAGACGCUCAUAUAA